GAGAAGGAAAAUCAGACCAGGGCUGCAAUGCCGUCAUGCGGGAUUCGGAAUCCUAAAGGAAGAUGCAUUAGAGAUGUCAAGGAAAAGGGAAAUCGAAUUCCUAGAAUGCCUCAUGAAGGAAGGAAAGCCAAACCCUAUGUCUUCCGAAGUAACAUUCCAUCCUUGGUCUUGUAUGGCAGAUGCUGCUUUAAUGCUUUAUCACAAGGAACAGGGCAUUGAGUUUCACCUUCUGCAAAUGGUGAAAAAAAAUGGUAAAAUCGUCUCACCGAUUCAAUACUCAGUGCCAGGAUCAUAUACUCACAUCUUCUUCAAGGCUGUGCCCAGAAAUGUUGAUUGUGCCGAUUUGUCCCCGCAAUUGUUUUUCGCUGAGAUUUUUUGCUGUGGUCUGAAAUUUCAUCCCACUCAUUGUUUCAUCAUUAAACCUAAUGAUGAUCCUG